AUGGCAACAGUUAUACUUAAAGAUGUCAAAGAUAAUCCUAAUUUGGCUCCCAAAGAUAUACAGAGGACCAUGUUAAAGGAUUAUAAAAUGAUUAUAUCAUAUGACCAAGCUUGGAGAGCUAGAGAGGCUUCAAGAAAAAUGAUAUUUGGUAAUAUUGAAGAAUCUUAUGACCAUGUACUUUCUCUAAAGUAUGAGCUAUUGAACAGAAAUAUAGGAAGUCAUGUAGAAGUUCAAAUUGGUCUAGAUCGUGCAUUUGAGAGAAUUUUAUUUCCUCUUGCAUUUGCUACAUUUGAAGGGGAAUCAAGUGACAAUUGGUUUUGGUUCUUGAAAAAUCUUAUUAAAGCUUUUAAUAGUGAGCUUGGUCAGUUGGGUGAAGUUUCAAAUGAAGCAUUUCUCAGUUUGCAUGCAAAGGAUAAAUUUGUGUGGUCUAGACGUCAUUUUUUUGAAAUAUCUAAGAACAAUUACCUCACUAACAAUCUGUCUGAGUCCUUUAACUCAUGGAUACUUGAUUCAAGGUAUUUACCAGUUGUGGAUUUGGUUGACAAGUUAAGGGCCAAACUGAUGCUCAAAUUCAACAAGAGAAGGAAAAUAGGCUUGAAGUGGAAGGGUAAGUUAGUGCCAUAUGCUAAUAGAUAUUGCCAAGAAAUCAGUAAGAAUCUUGGUUCUUAUUUAGUGGGACAAACAAAUGUUGAUGAGGCUGAAGUUGAAAAUGAGUAUGAGAGAAGGAAUAUUAACUUGAAGGAGAGAACAUGCAGCUGCAGAAAAUGGCAAGUGACUGGUUUGCUAUAUAUCCAUGUGGAAAAUUAUAUAGGCAUAAUCAUGAAUGCAAAGUAG